AAAAAUUUGUAAUGACUGCUAUAACAAACUUCUAUUUUUUUUUACGCUUUUUACGCUUGUUCACAACAUUGUUUAUAUGGAUGUUAUAACUUAUUAGUGUUAUUUUUAAUUCCAGUUCUCUACCUUCAAAAGUAUAUAACAUUAAACCACAAAGGAUUUAGAAUAACAAUAUUAAAUACUUAAGGUAUAAUGUAACUUAAUUAUUUAUAAGUAACGAGUAAUGGAGAAAUUUUCUAUUUUGCACAAGUAGCAAAUAUUAACUCGUAUUUAUAAUUAUUAAUAUUAUAUGUAAUAUUAGAUGUAGUAUUGGAUUUAUGCAAAGUUAGAGAUGAGAAAAACGCUACCUUCUGUCCUCUUCUACUGCUUCAAACGCUUCUGAAACGUUUUAGAAAUUCUAAAAACUUUUUAACUCUAAUUAUGUGUGAUUGUACAUAAACAUAUUUUUCAAGUAAGAUUUCAUUGUCUUCCCGUUGAAAAAGGUUCAAUCAUUGGAACAGUACAAAUAGAAAGAAAAAAAUUGGUUGUAAACAAAAAAUUCUUUACAUUCUUGCACAAUAGGUCGCUCAAAAAUGUACUUUACCAUUUUUCUAAACUUAGACUAAAAGUAUCCUGCAAUAUCCUCAGAUUCGAAUUUACGAUUCGAACUAUUGAAAUUGUUCGUUGAAAACGCCGAGUCAAACAGUGAGAAAUUAGAAGGUAUCGUAAAAUGGAUUUACAAACAAUAAGUUAGCGGUGGAAAACAAAGGGGAAGAGUAUCCCUUUGUCCUUUGGAGCAGGAAUUGUUGGGAAAAUUGAGGAAAAUUACGCGUAAAACGCGAACUUUGAACUGCGCGCGUCGAGGGAGGGGGAUGAGACGCGUAGCUCGAUUGGCCGUCCGCGUAGCGGCGCGGAGGGGCAUCGACCGGUCUCGGCGUCGGCUGCCCUCGGACUGGCAGUUCACAUCGUUCAGUGCCACCAAUACACAAGAGCUGGGGACGGUCUUUCGCCGACCAUUGGUCCUCAAUUCGCCGACCAAUUGGGAAAGUGCCACGAAAAUAUCCAAUCACAAAAGCUCAUUAUGGAGCAGCUCAGCGAAGGACAGGCGGUUGUUGUGGGCAGCACGGGUGGAACUGUACAAGUUGUUCAGAUGGGUCAGGGUGGGCAAGCUAUGAUGCUUCCACAGGCGAUACAAGUAGCAGCCCCUAAUGGACAGAUCCAAGUUGUUCCAGUUUCCAGUCUGACUGGCACUGGUCAACAGAUAGUUAUUCAGCAGCCACAGACACCACAAAUCAUUCAAACUCCCGAUGGACAGACGUACAUCUACCAACCUGUGCAAUUGGAAGGACAAGUGCAACAAGCGCAACCAACAGUGAUAAAUCUUAAUGGUAAUAUUAUGCAAAUUGGUGGUACAACAUCACAGACUACAACUACUGCAGCUACUACAACCCCAGUACAGCCUCUGGGCAGUCCCACAUCAUCCGUGUCACAAGCGGGGAACGUCGUCAUGAUGGUACCAGGUAACAGUGGACAAACACAGUUCCAAAGAGUUGCGUUACCCAAUGCCGAGCUUCUUGAAGAGGAGCCACUCUAUGUCAAUGCCAAACAGUACAGACGGAUAUUGAAGCGUCGUCAGGCCCGUGCUAAAUUAGAAGCUGAAGGAAAGAUACCCAAAGAAAGGCCAAAAUACCUCCACGAAUCUCGUCAUCGACACGCGAUGAACAGAAUUCGUGGCGAGGGUGGCCGUUUUCAUUCAGGUCAAGUAAAAAAACGAAAUAGAGAAAAUGAAAACUCCACGAUUAUCCAGCACAUUACAACCUCAACCAGCACCGAUAAUGUUUAUACUAUAGCAAUAGCUGCUGCAAAUGUAGAUGUACAAUAUCAUGACACAGACAAUAUGGCAUCUACAAUUGUACUUGAAUUAAGUAUUUCUUUGCAAAAUAUGAUCUCUGAUGACGAUAUUGUUAUGUUGAACAGUUAUUUGAUGUAGAUAAUAUUAAAUUGAGUUGAAUAGAGAAAAAAGAAAAUCUAAAACCUAUUGAUGAACCUGUGUUGAUGAUUAUAUUGAACAUCUGCAAUUUGUAAAUGUUUCGGUGCGAUGUAUAAUAUAAUAAAUAAUUUUAUGAAGAAUUGUAAUCUUUAGAUAAAACUGUACAUGAAGUGUUCCAGAUAUACUAUUUACUUAGAUUCUAAAGCAGAUUUAUUUUUGAAUAAUUAAUGGUUACAUAUUGCACUGAUAAGCUCAAUUUUGAAGGGCAAAAAUAGAUAACAAGAAUAAUCUAUUAUAUAAUAUUAGAUAUAUUACAAAAUAUUGACAUUUUUGUGUUGCACUCUUCAACAAUUCAAAAUUUAAAGUCUAUUUGAAAUUAACUGUAAAUACGAAGAACAAUCUAAUAUCUAAUGAUCUAAUAAUAUGCAAUAUGAUAUACAUUACAAAAAUAUAUAAUGUUAAAAAUUAGAAAUAAAUAAUUUCAACACUUUUGUUUUAACGUGGAAAAUAAAAUAGCUAAAUCGACGAAAAAAUAUAUUCUGUCAUUCUGAAGCACUUUGUGUACAUAUUCAUAAGCGUCUACAAUCUGGCAGUAUUUACAUUUUUAUAAUUUACUGUAUUCAAAUAAAUAUUUAACAGUUUUGUUUAUGAUACGUAUCAAUUAAAUACAUAAGCAAUUUAAGUUAAUUUUUGUGUCUGAAGAAGAUGAGCUAUAAAUUAGAUAUACAUAAUUUUGUGUGAAUGUACGGAUUCUUCCUUAUUAAAUUUUACGUGAGUGCUAGUUAUCUAUAUUGUGAGGUGAGAGACUGAAAUCGUAAAUCGUAUAUAUUUGUGUGCUGAAUACUUUUUUAAGAUUUGAUUAAAAAAUAUUUUUUUCUCUUUUUAUGUAUACUCAAAAUCUUAAUUUUUUUUUACAAUUGUUUCUUGUUUUAUGUUAAUUUGGGUGAAUGCUUUUCGAAAAAUUGGAAAUAUUUUGCACAAAUCAGUUUGUUAAAAAAAUGCAAUAGGAAAUUUUUGUGGCUGAUGCUGUAUGUAUCUGUAUAGGUGCGUGUUUGUGUGUGUGUGUGUGUAUAAUUAAAGAAUAUAAAAAAAUAUAAGUUUUUAACGUUGUAAAAUUAAUUUUUUAUCGCAAGUGGGUCAUUCUUUAAUCAAACUCGAUUUUUCAUAAUAAUUAUGUAAAAUCCAAGAUAUUUGUGCACCUAGUGAAUAUGUAUAUAUUUCUUAUUCAAGGUGAUUCUUGUAAUUAUCAAAUAACACAAAUUUCGAAGACAUAUUGACUCUAUAAAAUUGUUUAUACAAUUUCAUUUAUCUUAAUUUUAAAUUAACUCUUAUAUAGUCUAAAUUUUAAAUAUUUUUUUAUCACUAAAUUUGAUUAUUGUUUCUUCUUUAAUCUCAAAUAUACAUUAACUCAUAAUAGAUAAAUACAUUUUAAAAUGCACAAGAGAUCAUUUCUUGCGAUAAUCAAGACAAUAGAGACAAUAGAAGAUUAUAACGAGCAUUAAUUGACUAUUUAAGUAAUCAAAUGUUAUAUUUGCUAACGACUUUUAUAAUAUUUAUAAAAUAUCAGUGUCGCACUCGUCGACACCCAUAGCUCAUAACACACCUUUUGGGAUGCGGAUGCAUCUCAAAUCGCCCAUGCGACAAUUAUUUCGACAACCAUAUAAAAAAACAGACCAUGUCAAAUUCAUUUACAAAUGGACAGCUCAUGCACUGUUACAUUAUAUUUUUGUUGCGAUUUUUUUCAUAAAUACGACAAGCAAAUGUAGUAAAUUACAUCUCCUUUUGUAUGUGUCAUACUCAGACGAUGUGUUCUUUUUCCCGGUCAUGUCGCUAAGGUGAAAUCAUUCGCCUGCUACAGUUUCGAAGUUUUGUAGAAUAUCAGUAAACACAAAAAUGUUCAGUGGGCGAAUCUGUUACAUAUGAAAUAUCGAGUUUAUAUUUGUCAGAAAAUAUUUUGUAAAAUAAACUAAGUUUGAAUAUGUAAAUAAUUGUAUGAAAAUGUGGGUAUGUAAGCUAUGCAAACGAUGUUGUGACAUAGCAUUGUAUGUUGGUACGAAUGUGUGAUACAUAUAGUUAUAUAGUGAUCUAUUGAAUAAUUAAUUGCUUUAUCCUGAAAAUACAUGAGAUUGACAAGUUGAAAAUGUAAUUAUUAUACAUGAACAUAAUGCGCACCAUUCUGUUUUCUAACAACUUGCGUAUUUACGAUUUCAUUUUAUGUGCACACUUUCAUUACUUUGAAUGUAACCCACCCAACGCGAAUCUUAUAUUUCGUUAAUAAAAUCAUAAUUUAAGAAUA